CUCUUUAAACUACCACCGAAGAAGAACCAGCAGCGCUCCACGGACAUGCGCACUCGCCGCCAAUAUGAAGGCAGUUUGGGCAUUUUCUGUUUUUGGUUUUAAAGAGUAAAUCUCUUGAUUUUUUACGCGUUUUCAGUUCACUAACUGGAUUAAAGUAAAAAGCGACACCGAAACCAAAUAUUGGUCCUGCAGAAUGUCCAAGAUCAGGCGGAAGGUAACAGUGGAGAAUUCAAAAACCAUAUCUGACAGCAGCAGCACCACGACCAGCGCCGCCACCAACCCCACCACCCCCUCUCGCAGGCCCAGUGUGUUCGAACGGCUCGGGCCCAGCACUGGGAGUAAUGCUGCUGAUAGUCAGUGUAGAAAUUGGCUGAAGACCGGUAACUGCAGCUACGGCAACACUUGUCGCUACACACAUGGCAGUCAGACACGAGGCAAAGGAUUCAGUUUCAGCAGGUCAAAUGAAAGACCAACAGGUGAUCUGCGAGAGAGGAUGAAGAACAAGAGACAGGAUGUUGACCAAGAGAACUUGAAGCGCGACUUGGACGAAACCACGUCCCCCACAGUGAGACAGAGAGACUCCUCCAGAGGCCGACACCGAGAGGAGGAUAUAAAAAUCACAAAGGAGCGGACUCCAGCCAGCGAAGAAGAGCCGACGGAGUGGGAAGCCAACCGUGAAGACUCAGAUGUCGGUGACUACGACUACGAGUUAUCUCUAGAGAUGAAGCGGCAGAAGAUCCAGAGGGAGCUGAUGAAACUGGAGCAGGAGAACCUGGACAAGAGAGACGACAUCAUCAUCAAGAAAGACGAGACUCCCGGCAAAAGCAGGAGCACCGCCCUGCCAAAGGCUUCCCCCGAGCUGCUGUGCUCCAAGGAUUCACCUUCAUCCAGAAGGUCCAGCUCCCCCAAGCACAAAAGUGGAACCAAAGGGGCCGGCUCCAGCAAGAAGGAGAAGAAAGCGUCUCUGACUUUGGCCGUUUCAGAAACCGCGAGACCCUCCAAAGGCGGCCACAGUAAGAAGAAGGGCCCCCGCACGCCCAGCCCUCCCCCUCCCGUCCCGCUGGACCUCCCCGUGGUGGGGAAGAAGCACAAAGGGAAGCACAAGAACAAGGAGAAGACGGAGGAGAAGCAGAAGGAGGGGAAAGACCGCGGGAGAGACACGGAGAAGCACAAGGAGAAAAAGGAAAAACGACGGGACCGAUCCGAUAGUUCCCAUAAGGCCAAGCGAGUGCUGACGUCAGAUGAGCGCUCCAGCAGUGUGUCCUCCCCGUCCCGAGGCGCGUCGCCCACCUCCAGGAAGAAGUCCGUCUCCCCCAAAGUUUCCUCCCAUAAGACUCUGGCACUUCCGUCUCCUCGCCGCAGGUCUCCUUCCUCCUCCCGACAUCAGCGCACUCCCUCCCCCUCCCGCCAUCACUCCCCCUCCUCCCACUCGGGGUCGUCCGCCCAGCGCCACUCUCCCUCGCCUCGCCGGCGCCGCUCCACAUCCCCGGUCUACCAUCGGAGCUCGGCGGCGCACGUCUCCACCGCCUCGCCCACCAGCUCCCGUCGGUCCCGGUCCCCACCGGCCUCCCAUGACGCCUCCCCUCCUCACCGGCGCUCGGAGAGAUCCAGUCCCAGCCGGCACCACUCCAGAGGCCGGGAGAGGAGCCGGGGCGAGAGGGAGAGAACUCCGCCUCCUCCGGAGCGCCGGCACGAGCACAGAGAGGAUCGCAGCAAGCGGGACAAAGACGCCGUCCGCGACGACUACGACUCCGAGCUGAUCGCAGCCCGGGAGGAAAGGGAGUCCAGAGACGCUCGCGAGCGGCGCGACGCCCGCGACCGAGGGAGGGAGCCGGCGCGGGAGUCCCGGGAAAGCCGAGACAACAGGGACGCCAAAGACUCCAGAGACAGCAGGGGCGACGGGCGCUCCAGCCGGGAGUCGCUGGAGCGGCGGGAUAGAGAGCGGGAGCGGGAGAAGGAGCGGGAAAAGGAGAGGGAGAGAGAGAGGAACGACUCCUACAGGAAGGAGGAUCUGGCUCAGGACGACAGGCUGUACGGGAGAGGUCACGGACGCGACGACGCCGGCAGAAGCGAAGGUCGGGUGGAGAGAGCCGACAGGAAUGGGCGAGGAAGAGGCCGUCCGACGGAAACGGCUGAUAAAGGCUCACUCAGGAACUCCCGCGGCUCCCAGAUGGACAGCAGCUACGACAGCUGGGAGUCGCGGAGCGGCGCCGCGCGGGAGCGAAGCCUGGAGAGAGGGGCGGACCGCAGCGCCGCCGAAAGAACCUCAGAGAGAGUUUCAGACCGGGACCGCUACGAGGGGGAGAGGCGGGAGCAGCCCCGAGACUCCUCCUACGACAGGAGGGGCGGGCAUGGGGAGCGGGAGCGCAGAGACAACCGCGACAGAGAUCAGCGGGCCGUCUCUCCCUCCAGAUACCCCGGCAGGUCGGAGGAGUCCGACCGGGACGACCGACGGGACGAUCGGCGGACAGACCGGUCGGAGGACAGACGGGACGACCGGGCCCGGGAGCGGGAAAGGGAACGAGAGCGGGAGAGGGAGAAGGAGAAGGAGCGGGAGAGGGAGAGAGAGAGGGAAAAGGAGCGGGAGAAGGAGAGGGAGAGGGAGGCGGAGAGGGAAAGGGAGCGAGCUCGGGAACGAGAACGGGAGAGGGAGAGGGAGAGGGAGAGGGAGGAGAGGGAGAGGGAGCGAGAGAGGAAGGAGAGGGAGAGAGAGAGGGAGCAGAGGGAGCAAAGAGAGCGAGAGAGGCAGCGGGAGUGGGAGGAGAGGGAAAGGGAGAGAGGGAGGGAGGAGAGGCGGGAGAGGAGAGAGGACGUCCGGGAAGAGCGGUCCGUCCGAGACACCCGGGAUGAUCGCAAGCUGAGUCGGAAGAGAGCGCGGGUGGAGAGCACCCCGAGCCCCCGGCCAUCCCCAAAGCGGGCGGCGCGAGACUUUAGCCCGGCCGACAGCGACGGCUACAAUAGCGCCGAAGACAAAAGUGAGCGCCCCAUUGGCCGAGGGCAGGCCAAGCUCCACCCACAGCCCCUCCUCCCCAGCCCCGUGUGUCUGCCUCCAUCUGACAAUGGAGACAAGCACCGUCUGCACAGCCAAGUGGUGAGACCUCAGGACCGCUUGUCCCGCUCGCCACCGAGAGGCGCCGCUUCGGACGACAAACCCGCCCACUGGAAGGACGAGGAGCGGCGAGGAGCUGCGGAGAAGAGGGAGGCGCGCGGCCGCAACGAGGAGCCGGAGCCUCGAGGCGUGGAGCGAGACCGCGGAGGGGAGAGGCGCGCGGAGUACCUCCCUGAAGCCGAGCCGCGCAGCAGGGGGAGGGACCAGAGGGAAUCCACUCCUCCGCCGCCGCCGCCUCCUGCAGCCGUCGCCGCUCGUGGUGAUGACCGAGACGCUGCCGGCUCUCAGGCCAACGAGGAAGGCAAGAAGAAGAUGAAGUCGCAGAGGAAGGGCCUGAAGAAAGCUCGCAAAGACGAAGGAGCUGCCGGUGGAGGCAGCCUGGCUGCUCCGGCGGAGCGGUUCAACCCCGAGCCGCCGCCCGCCGCCCCCGCAGACGUGCCCCCGCUCAUGCCCUCGCCGAGGAAGGGAGCCAAGAAGAAGGCGCUCGACCGGAAGAGGAAGCGGUCACGAGGAGGAGACUCUGAAGCCUCCGAGGAGGAGGCGGCGGCGGUGGUGGUGGCGGCGGCACCUCCACCUCACAGCAAGAGGAAGAGAGGUCCUCGGACGCCACCGCCCUCCAUGAGGCCGGACCACCGCGCAACCGGAGCCAACGCAGAACCGUCCCCGCUCCCCAAGGUGGACAACUUCAGCGACUGGUCCGAUGAGGAGGUGACGGACCGCAGCGCCCCUCUGGAGAAGCAAGCCCCGCCCACUUCAGGAGACAGAGCUCCGCUGGAGACUCAGAGGAGAGGCGGAGCCUCCCGGAUGGGCAGGGACAGGUGUAACCCGCCUCCCAUCGCCCCGCUGCUGUCCCAGGACCCCCCCAUGCUGAUGCAGACCAUGACCCUGCCGCCGCUGAUGUCGCAGCCCGUGCUCCGCAAGCUGCCGCCGGAGCAGCCGCGCAGCAGCAGCAUGGGGAGCAACCAGAGCCGCACCUCCUCCAGGCGCCCCCGGUCGCCCUCCAACGAGUCGGGACACAGGGACGACCACCAGGGUCUGCGGCCGCGCCGGGGACGGCUGCAGGGCGCCAACUCCCGUGAUCGGGAGAGGGAGCGCGAGAGGGAGCGUGAGCGUCCGGGGCUCGUGGACGCUCCCGGCGCCGAGAGGAAGUCCAGAAUUGACCAGCUGAGAAGAGGAGAGCCCAGUCGCAGCACGUCGUCAGACCGUCAAGACUCCCGCAGCCACAGCUCCAGACGCAGCUCUCCCGAUUCUGAGAGGCAGGCGAGGUCCAGGUCCCGGGCCGGCUCCUACGACAGCCGGGAGCGGGAGAGGGACCGGGAGACGUUCGACAGGGACCGGGACCGCAAGGACCUGCGUCCCCAGCAGCAGCCGCCGCUGCUCCUGCAGCAGCCCCUCCAGCAGCAGAGAGACUGGGAGCCAGAGCCCAGAGACUGGCCCAGCCGCGGGCGGGAGCCCCUGGGAAUGCGUCCGGGUCGGGAACCUUUGAUGAGGGAGCGGGACGGCAGAGAGCGGGAGCGCCUCCUGCCCGAAGGGCUCCUGCAGCAGCACGAACGAGAGAGGGAGCGGGACCGGGACGGGAGAGCUGAGAGGGGAGGCGAGCGAGAGAGGGACAGGAUGAUAAUGGACCUGCCGCCCCACGGAGACCCCCGGGCUCCGGGUCGGGGAGACACCAGGCAGGAGAGGAGCGACUAUGAGCCGCUGCUGCCUAGAGAAGCCUUCAGCCCCGCAGAGGAGAAACCCAGCAACAGUCACCAAGCUGUGGGAGAUCAGAGGGAGCUGGAGAAGAACGACAGCAUGGACGGAGAUGAUGACGCUAAAGAAGAGGAGCAGUCUGUGGCGUCCGUUCGAGAAGAUUAUGAACCAAUCAGUGAUGACGAGCUGGACGUGAUCCUGGCUGACAGUCAGAAGAAAGAAGAUCAACCAGAGGAGGAGAAAGUCACAGGUCCUCUGGACGUGAUCGACGUGGACUGGUCCAGCCUGAUGCCCAAACAGAAGCAGGAGCCGCGGGCUGCGGGAGCCGCCUUACUCCGCUUCACGCCGGGCGCCGUGCUCCUGAGGGCGGGAAUCUCCAAGCGCCUCGCCGGACCAGAGCUGCUGGAACAAGUCAAAGAGGUGUGCAAGUCGGAGCUGGACGACCCCAAAGACAUGGAGAAGCUCUUCGAACACGACCUGGGAGCUCUGAACAUGGCGGCCCUGAACAGGCGCGUGGAGAGGGCCGGCUUGCUGAGCAACCUGGGGCCCUGCUGCAAGGCUCUGUGUGCACGCCGGGACUUCGCCAUCCGCCGCCAGCUGUUAAAAAAUGAGAAGGGCUUAACCAAGCAGUACCCGGGUACGCCUGUGGUGGACAACGACCUGCUGCAGAUGAGCAUCCGCCUCUUCAGAAGGACCAUGGCGGGCCAUGCCUCGGCUCCGGAGAGCUCGGCGGCCCCAGAAGCAGCAGACGCUGCUGAUAGUAAGCUAAGCUCGGCACAGCCAGAGGUCUGUGUGUCCUGAGAGUCGGACUCCAGAAACCCAGCCUUCGUUUUGUUUUGUUUUUUAAGUCCUGAUGGGGAGAACAGAUCAACUGUGUGAAUCUUGCUUGGUGUGUUUUGGGUGCUUCUCCAAAGACUAACCUCCCCACGUAGGUUCUGAAUGCAGAUGUAGAAACAUCCACGUAACUUUUUGUGAAAUCUGAUGUUUUUAGAUCAAAUUUUUAUUUGUCGGCUUCAACGACUUUAACCCCGGUCGCGUUGUUUUUGCAUGUUGUGUAUCGGUUACUGCAGCUGUCCAUUAAAAAUGGUUAGAUGUUUUUGUAA